GCGCCCUCUUCCAAGGGACACAUUCGUAAAAUGUGUCGGGUCCUACAGCUGCAUGUAUAUAAUGAGAAACUGUGAACAGAACUCUUAUAUCGGGUUGUCGAUUCGUCGACUGCCAGCGGGAGCCAGCGCUCCGUUCACCCGCGCAUCGCUCCGUCGCCGCGGCGUAUAAUUGAUUUCGUGUUUCUUUUCAGUGUUCAGGGGACUCCAGACGGGCAAAAAAACCCCCCCAAAAAAACCCAAAAAAACCAAAAAAAACCGCGAAGGAGCUUACCGUUGUGUCUUUGAUGAGUCACACUUCGCUCGUAUUAUUCCUCUGCCUGGAAUUCGUCGCCAGGACUGUGGAGUAGGUUGCGGUUUAGCCUUCAGACCGCGGUCUGGUCUGCGCAGCUGUUGCAGUCAGCCAGGCAAGGCAAGGCAAGGCAAGGCAGUGUGAGUGUGCUUCAAUGUGCCAGCCGGGCUCAGAGCGCAGAUUCCGUUCGCAGCAUCAGCAGCAAGCUCAGCAUCCGCUCCCGGAAUGGAUUGUGUUUCCUGCCGUAUAUUUUCUGUUCGGAGACCGUAGGGAGAAAUGGGGAAACGCCAACAUGGUUCUGGAUAAGCCCAAGAACAAAUGCUCGGGUUGUGAUAGAGAGGCGUACGUUCUGUCGAGGAAGUUCUUCUGCUAAUUACUUUAAAAAAAAAUUAUUAUUCUGUCUUUGCUUCUACUUAAAUUUCGCCAAGAACAGGGGGGCACCUAUGACUGUGGUCGUUCGCUUCUGCCGGAGCUGAGACUCCCGGUCACAAAAUUACUUUCUCGCUGUCGCGAUCCAGCAAAGCGGCACAUUCACCGGGGUGUAUGGCUUUGGAUGAAAAGCGUGGAAAAGGCUUAUCGUUCACAGCAAUGGGGAUAGAAGACAACGCGAUGCGGAACGGGAGAGGGCUGUCCGAUCAGUGGGCAGACGGCGUCGUGGUCCGGCCCAGGACGACCGAGCGGCACAUCACCGUGCACAAGAGACUCGUCCUGGGCUUUGCCAUCUCCAUCCUGACGCUCAUCGUGGUGACCGUCAUCGCCGUGCUUCUCAGCGUCCGGUUCGAGGAGUGCGCGGCGGAGGGCAGCAGCUCGCGCUCGGCGAACGGGACCAGCACAAAGUUGAACCAGUCUCGGGACGCUGCCCUCGGUCAGAAAGACGAGGACACCCAGCCCUGGCGUCACCUGCGGCUGCCGACGUCCCUCAGGCCGCGGCACUACGACCUGAAGCUUUCCGUCUACAUGGAUAACUUCACCUUCUCCGGAGAGGUUAACGUCGAGUUCGAGUGUGUGAACUCGACAAAGUUCAUAGUGCUGCACACGGACAGGCUGGAGGUAGAAAAGGCUGUCGUUUAUUCGGAUAACAAAAAGCCCGGUGUCAUACGAAUUCACCGUCAGUUCCAUUACCCGUCCAACCAAGUUUAUGUGAUCGCGCUGCACAGGGAAUUAAAGCCGCAGAGAACCUACAAAGUUAACAUUACGUUUGAAGCGCAAAUCGAAAACGAACUUCUCGGAUUUUUUCGCAGUUCUUAUGUUUUGCAUGGAGAAAGAAGGUUCCUGGCGGUAACGCAGUUCUCCCCCACCCACGCCCGGAAGGCGUUCCCCUGCUUCGACGAGCCCGUGUACAAAGCCACGUUUAAGAUCAGCCUGAGGCACGAGAGCGGCUACCUGUCCCUGUCCAACAUGCCGGUGGAGACCACGGUCCCGGACGAGGAGGGCUGGGUCACCAACCACUUCCUCCGGACGCCCCGCAUGUCCACGUACUACCUGGCCUGGGCCGUGUGCAACUUCACCUACAGAGAGACCUUCACCGACAGCGGCGUGGCGAUCCGGCUGUACGCCCGACCGGACGCCGUGGAGAGGGGCUCGGGAGACUACGCCCUGCAGAUCACCAAGCGGCUGCUCAAGUUCUACGAAGACUAUUUCAAAGUGAAAUACUCCCUGCCCAAGCUAGACCUGCUGGCCGUGCCGAAGCACCCGUACUCAGCCAUGGAGAACUGGGGGCUCAGCGUGUUCGUGGAGCAGAAGAUCCUGCUGGACCCCCAGGUGUCCUCCUUCUCCUACCUGAUGGAGCUCACCAUGGUGGUGGUGCACGAGAUCUGUCACCAGUGGUUCGGAGACCUGGUGACCCCCGUGUGGUGGGAGGACGUGUGGCUCAAAGAGGGCUUCGCUCAUUUCUUCGAGUACGUGGGAGCCGACUUCCUCUUCCCCAAGUGGAAUAUGGAGAAGCAGCGGUUCCUGACGGAUGUGCUCCAUGAGGUGAUGCUCCUGGACGGCCUGGCCAGCUCCCACCCCAUCUCCCAGGAGGUGUACCAGGCCUCCGACAUCGACCGCGUGUUCGACUGGAUCGCCUACAAGAAGGGUGCAGCGCUCAUCCGGAUGCUGGCCAAUGUCAUGGGGCAGCCGGUGUUCCAGAGAGGCUUAAAUGAUUACCUGUUGACGCACAUGUAUGGCAAUGCAGCGAGAGAUGACCUUUGGAACAAGUUCACAGAGGUGCCCACACCCACACACACCCAGGCGAUGCGGAGGGAGGGAAAGGAGGUGAGCAUUAAGGAGGUGAUGGAUCGCUGGACGCUGCAGAUGGGCUACCCCGUGGUCACCAUCAGCAGGAACGACAGCCUGGAGAGCUGUGUGACCAUCAGCCAGGAGCACUUCAUCUACCACAUGGACGCCAGGGCCCGGGACCCCCAGCUCUUCAACGCCAGUUUCCUCUGGCAAAUCCCUUUGAGUCUUUCAGUGGGAAAUGCAACUCACAUCUCACCAGAAACAGUCAUUUGGGUUUCAAAUAGAACAGAGUCCCACAGGGUGUCUCAGCUGGCUGAGGGGGCCUGGCUGCUGGGGAACAUCAAUCAGACGGGCUACUUCAGAGUCAACUACCCCCUGGACAACUGGAGACUGCUGCUGGAACAGCUGCUGAGGAACCCGGAGAUCAUAUCCGUGGGCAACCGGGCAGGACUCAUAGACGACGUCUUCAACCUGGCCAGAGCAGGGUACCUGCCCCAGAACAUCCCCCUGCAGAUCAUCCGCUACCUGCCCCAGGAGAGGGAGUUCCUGCCCUGGCACGCGGCGAGCCGCUCCCUCUACCAGCUGGACAAGCUGCUGGAUCGCACGGAGGAGUACAGCAUGUUCAGUGACUAUGUGCUGGGUCAGGUGGCCUCCAUGUACCACAGGUUGGGCUGGCCUGUGAGCUCCGCAAACAGCUCCAUCGUGCAAGUGGCGUACCAGGCUGAGGAGAUGCAGAGAGAGGUGAUCAUGCUGGCCUGCAGCUUUGGAAACAAACACUGCCACAGACAGGCGGUUUCCCUCAUCUCUGACUGGAUAUCCAGCAAUAAGAACAGGAUCCCGCCCAACGUGAGGGACAUUGUGUACUGCACGGGCGUGUCCCUGAUGGACGAGGACGUGUGGGAGUUCAUCUGGAUGAAGUUUCACUCCACCUCCGCCAUCUCCGAGAAGAAGGUGCUGCUGGAGGCCCUGACCUGCAGCGACAACGCCUUCCUGCUGAACCGGCUCCUGAACCUCUCUCUCACCUCGGACCUGGUUCCGGAUCAGGAGGUGAUCGACGUGAUCAUCCACGUGGGCCGGAACCCCCACGGGAGACACCUGGCCUGGCGGUACUUCAGGGAGAAGUGGGACAUCUUAAACGCCAGAUAUGGAGAGGCCUUAUUCAUGAAUUCAAGAUUAAUCAACGGUGUGACUGAGUUUUUAAAUACAGAGUCAGAACUGAACGAGCUGAGGGACUUCGUGCAGAACAGCGGCGGCAUGGCGACGGCGGCGUUCGCCCGCGCCGUGGAGAUCGUGGAGGCCAACGUCAGGUGGCACAGCCUCUUCCAGCGGCAGUUCUUCCAGUGGCUCCGCAAGUCCCCCAACGGCUAACCCAGCGGGCCUCCCCCGGUGACGCACGUCAGCUGAACACUUACACACCGGUCGACAGCGGGGGGGGGGG